AUGGCUUGGAGACAAACAGAUUGGCAUUGGCACAUUUCAAGCCAUGUUAUUUCUCCUGGUUUUGUUGCUGCUUCAUUUAGGGUUGUGCAAAAUUGGGUCUAUUUACAUGACCAUGAUAUGUUUCCUCUUGACAGUUCCGGUUGUUUAAAUUAUGCGCAUUAUGAAAUUUUCAAGUAUAGUGAAGAUGAUAUUCUCUCAUUGCAUGUUUACCAUGGGACUUACUGUGGCAUUCCCGCCACAGUACAUUACAUUAGGAAAUCCGAUUUUGCAAAAGUGGCUGAGUUUACAGAAGGUUUGCAAUACAAGCUAUGUGCUAUUCAUCAAGGCAUUAUAGCCCACUUCAUAUGGCCUUACGAUUGUCUUCAUUAA